ACACUUGAGGCAGUUGUCAAUUUGUAAGGUUUCCCAAAAUCUAUGGACUAAUAUUUUGGCAUCUCAAAUUUAAAUUUUUUAUUUACUCCACUGAAAUGUCCGAGGACACCGCUUGCUUCUCAAAGCACAAAAUCGUGCCGGAUAUUUUGAAAACAUGUCCCUACAAGCAGCUUAAGGUGACAUAUGGCGGCGGUCAAGUGGUGGACAUGGGCAGAGAACUAGCGCCCAAGCAGGUGAAAGAUCAGCCAAAGGUGGAGUGGGAUGCUGAGCCGGAUGCUCUCUAUACACUGAUCCUAACAGAUCCGGAUGCACCCAGUCGCAAGCAGCCAAAGUACCGGGAGUGGCACCACUGGCUGGUGGUCAACAUUCCGGGUAACCAAAUCGAUAACGGCUUGGUCUUGACCGCCUAUGUAGGCGCUGGCCCGCCGCAGGGCACCGGACUACAUCGUUACGUCUUCUUGGUCUUCAAGCAGCCCCAUAUGCUGACCUGCAACGAGCCGCGGAUCCCGAAGACUACCGGCGAAAAGCGACCCAACUUCAGCACGGCCAAGUUCAUCACCAAGUACAAGCUGGGAGAUCCCAUUGCCGGAAACUUCUUUCAGGCCCAAUGGGACGAAUAUGUGCCACAGCUGUACAAACAGCUCUCUGGCAAAAAGUAGUAGCCCAGUUGUAACAGGAUUCUGCGAAUGAAUAAAGCGAAUACCUAUCACGGUAUCCAAAAUUUCCUGCUGAA